AUGGCUUCAAUACUGCGCGAUACCAUCUUUGAGCUCCUCAAACGCGAGGCCGCAGAUGCCGACCCAGACGAGCCCGAGGCUGGCCAGAAAGAAAUCUUCGCAUCAUGGUCGCUCUUCAUCCUGAUCAUGCUACUCAUUGUCGCCCUCUUCACUAGUUACAUGCUCCAGACGAGGAAGAUUCAGGCCGUCCAUGAGACUGUCCUGUCCAUCUUUGCCGGAAUGGUCAUUGGUCUGAUCCUCCGCCUUACCGCCGCCCAAUCCGUCCUCGGUGCCGUCAGCUUCGACUACCAGUUCUUCUUCAACCUCCUCCUACCUCCCAUCAUUCUAGCCUCAGGCUACGAACUACACCAGGGAAACUUCUUCCGCAAUAUCGGGACCAUUCUGACAUUCGCCUUCGCCGGAACUUUCAUCUCUGCCAUGGUCCUGGGCCUGAUCUUAUACGUAUGGACGCGCAUCCCUCUCGAGGGUCUAGACAUCACCUUUGUCGAGGCCAUCUCUGUCGGCGCAACCCUCUCUGCUACCGACCCUGUCACUAUCCUCGCCAUCUUUAACACCUAUAAGGUCGACCCACAACUCUACACCGUCAUCUUUGGCGAAUCGAUCCUGAACGACGCUAUUGCCAUUGUCCUGUUCGAGACUGCUCAAAAAUACAGAGAGGGCGCCGCCAAAGGUCAUCUCACCAUUUUGAGUCUGUUCGAGAGUAUUGGUGUCUUCUUGCUGGUCUUCUUUGGCAGUUUGAUGAUUGGCUUGGUUGUUGGUAUCGGCACGAGUCUUUUACUCAAGUAUACCCUGGUCAGGCGCUUCCCCAAAAUCGAGAGCUGUCUCGUCGUUCUAAUUGCCUAUGCAUGCUACUUCUUCUCGAACGCCAUUCACAUGUCCGGAAUCGUGUCUCUGCUGUUCUGCGGAAUCUGCAUGAAGCACUAUGCUUACCACAACAUGUCCCGCCGUACUCAGUUAACAACAAAAUUCAUCUUCCAGGUCAUGGCGCAGUUGUCCGAGAACUUCAUCUUCAUCUACCUGGGUCUUUCGCUCUUCACCGAAGCUGGGCUGGAAUACAAGCCCCUAUUCAUCCUGGUUACUGUCGUCGGUAUCUGCGUUGCUCGGUACUGCGCUGUCUUCCCGCUAUCCAAAGCAAUCAACUAUGUCAUUCGAUACAGAGCUCGUAAGCUUGGUCGUGAAGAAGCAGACGUCCUGCCCAAAAAUCAUCAAAUGAUGCUCUACUGGGCUGGUCUGCGUGGUGCUGUCGGUGUCGCCUUGGCUGCGGGUCUACAAGGUCCCAACGGAUAUGCAUUACGCGCCACGGUGCUGGUCGUUGUAGUGUUGACCGUCAUCAUCUUCGGUGGCACUACUGCUCGUAUGCUGGAAAUUCUGGAGAUUCGCACUGGAGUCGUGGAGGAAAUCGACAGUGACGACGAGUUCGAUAUUGAAGUAGUGCCAGGAUCCGGCGGAACUUUUACGAAAAAAGGUGGAGCUGGCUUUGGACACAUGCCACGAGCAAGCCUGGGUGGAGGUAUCUCUCUUGCCAGUGUUGCCAACGGGCGACCACGCGCAGAGAGCAGAUCGAAUAGAGCCGCCCUGUACAGCACUAGUAAUGCCAACAGCCCUCCUAUCCGUCCUGGCGACGGACUCGGCAGAAGAACAAGCAGCAGAAGCGCACGAGAGCAGGCCGCGGCCGAACAAGGUCUGCUUUUUCCAGACCAGAACGAAGACAUCUCUGACGGUGAUGAGUCAGGGCUCGAUUUGCCACCGUCAGCGAGGCGAUCACCGCUGAGAGACUCGUUCCCUACGACGACAGGAGAAGAUACUCCGUACGCUGAUGACAGAGCAGUCGAGGAAGGCCAGGCAGAAUCAAGCCACCUUACUGCUCGUGGAGCGUUCAACCAGUUGAUGAAUGCAACCACCGAGGACGCAGGUACCCUGUUCUCGAGGAUUGACGAAGGGUUCAUCAAACCACACUUGUUGUUGGAUCCUGGCGGCACAAGGUCACCUCGUCCACAUGGAGGCGCAUAG